UCACCAAGCCCAUCCUCGGUACCGCCAAUAUGCCCCCCUGCAGCACCACCGCCACCACCACCAUCAUCCAUGCAGCUCGGCAUUCACGGCGGCCGAAUACCGAUCAUUGCUGAAACGGACAAAAAGAUACCGAAGUCUGCAAUGCCACUCAAGACACUCAACUGGACAACGGUACCCAGGGAAAGAAUUUUUGGGACAAUUUGGGAAAAUAUUGACGAGGAAAAACUUUAUCAGCAGCUCGACCUGAAAGACGUCUCGCAACAUUUUGCAAUUGGCAAGGCGUCGUUCGAUGAGACGGAAACGUUCAAUGAGACAAUACGACAUCGAUUUGGUACCACCGAAACUGCAAUUUCCGUCAUUGAGCCACGACGUGCACAAAACUGCACCAUAAUGUUAUCAAAGCUGCGACUGUCGAAUAAACAAAUCAAGCGGGCGAUUUUGUCCAUGGACCAGUACGGUGAACUGCCAAGGGAUAUGAUCGAGCAGGCAAGGCUUUUCUACUUGAAAUUCAUGUUAAAAUUUAUGCCGACUAAAGACGAAACUCAAAAACUGCGAGAAACCGUGGAAAAAUAUAAAACAGCAAGCAUACUGCCGAUUGCUGAUCGAUUCCUUUAUGAAAUCAGCAACAUUCUAAGAUAUGAGCAACGGCUGCGCUGUUUGCAUAUUAUCAGCACAUUUCGAGAACGAAUUGAUGAUGUUUCCCGUUCGAUCGAAGUGAUAACAAGUGCAUCGAUAGCCGUAACGAGCAGUAACCGUUUAAAACAACUCCUGCGCCUGAUUCUAGCACUAGGCAACUUUCUAAAUCGCGGCAAACGCAGUGGAAAUGCAUAUGGUACUGCAUUAUUUAAUUUUUUGCAUUUUUUUCCUUUCUAA